CUCCCCAUCAUAUGACCGGCCUUGCGCUCUCGCUGCGCCCGUCUGUUCGUCUCGCAGGGCCCCGCCGCUGGUGAAUAUGGCGACGCGCAGCCCCUGGCCGCGGCCCCUCAGCCUGCCCUGCUGCUGCCUCCUGCUCCUCGCGCUCGGCGGCCCCGGUUUUUUCCAGUCACAUGCAGUGGAAGUAAAUGUGAAAGAUCUCUCCAAUAAUACGUGCAUAUAUGCAGAAUGGAUGAUGAGCUUCUUGAUAAAAUAUGAAACAAACAGUAGUGAAUAUAAAAAUGCAACCUUAAAACCAUCUACCAAUGUAACACAUGACGGAAGCACCUGUGGCAAUAACACACAUGCCCCACUACUAGCAAUACAAUUUGGAGCAGGUCACUCUUGGAGUAUCAACUUUACUAAGACUAAUGAAACUUAUCAGGGAAACAUCAUCUCAUUUACUUAUAACACCAAUGAUGCAGUCUUUAAAGAUGCUAAAACAAAAGGACCAAUUACUAUUGUUGUAAAGGACCCUAUGCAUCCAGUCCAACUGAAUACUGUCUACAAAUGCCAUCACCUUGACUCUAUUGAAGUGGCAAAUGUCUCUCUGUUCUUCUGGAAUGUCACUCUGCAGGCUUUUGUUCAAAAUGGCACUGUUAGUAAAAAUGAUUCUACAUGUGAAGCUGAUAAAUCUACUGUUGCACCUACCACUGUUGCCAACUUAACUACUGCACCUAUCACUACUGCUUCAUCACCUCUGCCAACUACAACGUCUAAACCAGUGGAGAAACCACUCAUUGGAAACUAUUCUCUUAAAGAUGGCGAUAAAAUCUGUCUUCUGGCUACAAUGGGGCUGCAACUGAAUGUCUCUCAAGAGAAGCCUGUUUUGAUUAACAUCAACCCAAAGACCACUAACGUCACUGGUAGCUGUGGCAACACAUCUGCUAUUCUGCGCUUGAAUGACAGCAACAAGAGGUUUAUUGAUUUCACCUUUGCUGUUAAAAACACAAGUGCAAACACACAAAGAUUCUAUCUGAAAGAAGUGAACAUCACCCUGAUCAGCUCUAUAAAUGGUUCUGAACCUUUAAAUGCUGGAAACAACAACCUCAGCAUUUGGGACACCUUCCUGGGCAGUUCCUACAUGUGCCAAAAAGAGCAGACUGUUUUGGUGACUGAAGAUCUUCAAAUACAUACUUUUGAUCUAAGGAUUCAGCCAUUCAAAGUACAAGACAACAAGUAUUCUAAAGCUGAAGAAUGCUUUGCAGAUUCUGACCUGAACUUUCUUAUCCCCAUCGCAGUGGGUGUGGCGCUUGGCUUCCUUAUCAUUCUUGUCUUUAUCUCUUAUGUCAUUGGAAGAAGGAAAAGUCGUACUGGCUAUCAAUCUGUAUAAUCUUUUCAUGCUGCCUCUGCUGCUUUUUUUCCCUUAACAGAAGUUAUUAGUUCAUGGUUUUCUUUGACUAGAUAUAUUAAAAAACAAAGGAUAAUGUAUUUGUGCAUAUGAUUGUGAGAACAAAUUUAGGCUCGCCUGAAGCUACUGUAAGGCUUUGGAGUAAAGUAAAACUGCUCCAGGAAACACGUAUGAUCAAUAUUUGUCCCCUGGGCAACGUGAUUAUCUUAGGCCUUUUCAGUCAAAUAAGGAUGCAUCUUACUCGCAGCAUUUUUAUCUCUAUUCUUUUGCAUAAUAUCACAGCUGGUGAGCGAGUUUUUAUUUUGUAUGCAGCUACUCAGUUUAUUUCCUAUAAUGCUGAGGUUAAAAAAAAAAAAAAAAACCUGCUAGAGGGUUGAAUGCUGUGUAGUGAAGGAUUGUAUAUACUGUUGGAAAGAGAUGCAAAAUCCUUCCUAGCAUUCAGUUAGAAGCAAACUUACCACUGCUGCCUUGUUUCUAUUUUUCAUGUAGCUGCUUGUUCUCCAGGGUUAGCUUAAAGCUGCUUUUACUGUUGCAUCCAAAGGUGGUUCUUGAUCCUACAAUAAGUCACCCAGAAGUUCCUUCUCUUAGUAACUAGUGUAUUUAAUAUCACUGUGGAAAGGAUUAUCUUUUAUUAAGUGUAAGAGGGGAGUGGGUGAGAUCUAGUAUAACAAUUUACCCAAGAAUAGAAGAACCUGACCUUAGUGAACAGACAAAGCUUUUAAGGAAGCCUUAGCUAUCCUGUGUCUUUUGUCCAAAGAGCACAGUGUUAAGCAUUUUCUGUUUGCUAACCAAAAAGUGGUUCUGCUCUCUGACUUUAACUGAGCCUAUGGUUGGGCGAAUGGGAAUACUUUGAGUUCACUGGGUCCAAGUUUUCAUUCUGUCUAUGUAAGGGAAGGAUAAUCUAGACCUCUCAUCCUGUAUUUCAGUUGAAGGAAUUGGCCUAACUGUAAACCUCUCUUUAACUCCACAGAGGUGUGCUCUUACUCUAUUUUCCAAAGUAGUUAGUAUGCAAAAUGGUGAUUGUAAAGGAUGAGGUUAUAGAAAACCACAGUAAAAGAAAGUGACCCCACCAAAGAAUGGGAUGGUAUGUUGGAUCCAGUCAAAUGCCCUCCCCUAUCAUUAAUAUUGUCAUACACUUUGAAGGGCCUCUGUUCCAUGUUUAGGCCUUAGCAGGAUGGAAGCUAGUUAUCUUGGAUUAAAUUCUGCCACCCCUGAAUGGGUACAUUGGGACAGGAGCAUCUUCCUCCUUGGGACCCUUUGAUGCUGACCUGCAGAAGCUAGUCCUACUAUUAUUGUGCUCUUUCAUGCUAGGCCAUGUGACUAGCUGGGGUGCUGGCAUCAUCUUUGCUUGCUGUUAGUAGCUGGCAGUAGGUGGUGUGGGAAUGUGUUCAGCACUCUUCUGCAGCACGUGUUUAGGAUGUUCCUGAGCCACUGCAGGGGUAGACUGCUGCAGAGCACCUCCACCUCAUUUACAGACAGGAGCGAGAUCAUGAUCUGGGCCUUCAUUUUACAGAUUGUUUGGGUCUCUGGGAUGGAUGAGGAGAACUGGGCUAAUUAAGUCAAAUCAGAUGAGAAAGGGUCUUUUGUUUUUCAGUUUACUGGCUCACAAAAUGUGUGUUCAGUCAUGUGUGGAUGAGCCUAGUGUCCUAUAAAGAGAGAACCUAUGAAGUAAGCUGUUGUGUUCAGUCAAUGCGAUAUAGGAGGAUAUGGCACGUGGGGUGCUGAAUGUAAAGUAGAGCACGUAACAAUUCACACUCAGAGUGGCGUUCUUUAGAAGCAUAGCUGCCUUUAAAAAACAAAGUUUAGUAAAAGCACACGUUGUAGAUAAUCCCACGAGGUGUUCAGAUACACUUUAAUUUGAGUGGUGUUGGGCAUGGAAGAUUGUACGCUACUGACUUUCAUUUUAAAGAAACUCGUAUCACAAAAGUUGCUUUGGUCCUUUUGGACUGCAGGAUCAAACCUUAUCUGUAACUGCAUCUUCUAACGGGACAAAAAUAGGGUCCUACACAGAUGUGAUCCUUUCAUGAUGGGGACUUAAUUUAAGCCCAGUGGGUUGGGUUUUUGUCUCCCAUUUUUUACUCUUGCUUUCCCUGAGUGGGGAAGUGCUAAACGGGCUACUCUGGGCCUGACACACACGCCCCUCAAAGCAUGUCACCUCCACAAUGACGUGAGGUGGGUUCUAUUCCUAUUCCUCGGGCUCCAGAUCUGAGCUUCACACAUAGCAUUCGUUUAGUCCAGCUGGGUGACUUUAAUAAUAAAGUGCAGCAGUUUCCUAAAAAAAUAAAAAUUAAGUGCUAUUUUGGACUUCAUGAGAAGUCAAAAUCAAGCAAGCACUUUAAAGUUACUGUAGAAUGAAGAGUGAUAUAAACGUGGUUCUCUGAAUUUGCAAAAGAUUGUACACGUGUGCUGAUGAAGACAGAGUAUCUAUAUUAAACAAAGUUAACUAUGA